CUUGUCUCAGGUGAGGGCGUCAAGAUGGCGGCCAACGCAGACGCGGCCAAGCCGGUCAUUAUGAAUGAAGAGGAGCUGAAGAGGAAGCAGAGGGAGAAGUUGAAGAAGCUACAGGCCACAGGAGGAAACCCUAGACCUGCCAGAUCCCUCUUCAUGUUCACCCUCAAAAACCCUUUUCGCAAGGCCUGCAUCAACAUAGUGGAGUGGAAGUAUCCUUUCUAUUAUAUAUACGCACACACACACACACACACCUAGAUAUAAAUGAAGGACCCAGCAGUCAGUAGACAUUGGCUGAAAACACAGGUAUCUUUGUGGUAUCAAACUGAGCUGUGAGCUUGUAGUAGGAGUCUUGUUAAAAACAGGCAGCCUGUGUUGUAUACACAGUGAUUAGGCGUCUGCAAGCCAGUGAAUUAUCAACCAAAGACUGUGUCAAACAUGCCAGAGCCAAGUCUCUCUCAAAUCUGCGUUAAGGCGAUCCCUAGAGUGUUAAGACUUUUGUUAUGCAUCUGGCAGCUCUGUGUCAAAUUCAAGUUUAUAGUCUUUGUAUUCUCAAAUGGAGGGCUUCAGCAGAUCAGUUUACAUGUGUUGGAUAGAUUCAAUUGAAUAGCAUAUCAGUAAUAACAUGUUAGUGUUAUUUACAUUCUGUGUCCAGAGUGGAAAAAGCUGAUGUGAAAUGCCUGAAUAGAGAGAGGGGCUCGGUAUAUGAACAGAGGGCAGGCUGCUGAGUGAUGUUUCAGCUCCUACAGGGGGAUUCCUGCUUUAUUCCUGGAUGAUACAUGUUUCACACCCAAAAUAGAAUAAACAAAUCAUAAGAAUGCAGCAACAAUAGACAUUUCUGAAAAUAGGGCUGAGCACAGUGAGGGUUGAAAAGUAUUUGUGGCUUUUUAUAAAAGUAUUUUUAAACUAUUUUGAAAGUAUUUUCAUGUCAUUUUAUUCUUGUUCUUUUGAACUUUGUCCUCAUUUGCUCGACCAGGGCUCGUGCUUUUUGUUGCUGCAGUUUAAUCACAUUGGUAUGUUAUUCUGUAAUUGAGAUCAUGAGUGUGCUACUUAAAAAAAACAAAUACAAAUAGACAAAAAUUCCUCCCUUUGCAUUUGCAAAAUCAACUCUCACAGAAAACUGAAUGACAGAUGUCUCUCUGUGAAUCAAACCAGUUUUUUUUUCCUCUGAUGAUCUCUCUGUGUUAAACGGUUCAGUCAUAUUCUUGGGCUCUGCAGCUGUCAUGCGGCAUCACAGGGAGACAUGAUGCUGACCUGGCAGGGAAAUUCUGAAAGAGAGCCCCCUAUGGGCGAGAAUGAAGCAGUACAGCGGACAAGAUUACAUUUACAUUUGUGUAAAGGCUGUUAUGGGGAUGAUGUUUCAGGGGCAGUUUUAGAGUUGUUGAAAAGCUUUAUUUUACUUUUUAUAACACAAGUAACACAAGCAACAUAAAGUAUUGCUUAUAAGUGAGUGGUUAUUACAUCCUCAUUAAUUGUUUUAGUCUCUUUGUUAUCACUACUGUGUUUCAGUGUCAGGUUUUUUUGUUACGAUCCUAAAUUUCUUCAUUCAGAACCUUUGAGAUCAUCAUCCUAUUAACCAUCUUUGCCAACUGUGUCGCCCUGGCUGUGUUCCUGCCCAUGCCCGAAGAAGACAGUAAUAACACCAACUCAAGCUUGGUGAGUGUGAGAACAAACACUCAUCCAUUCUCCUGUUUAUGACUCAGAGGUUUAGAAAGACUUCUGACCCAGUGUACCAAUACGGCAAAUGUCUGCAGCUGUUCAACAGUUAGAUUUGAAUGCUUGAUCACUGAGUGUUUCAGCUGGUCCGAGUGCCAACCCUCUGUGAGAUGAUUCAAGACACAGCUUAGGUCUUUAUUUGGAUCCCAGUAUGAGUCUGCAGAAGACAAUGUCAUCAAGCUUAUGUUGUUUUUGUUUGAUCCCCUUGCUUUUACGAGGUAUGGUCAAGAGUGACAGCAACACACACUUAAGCAGUAAAAUUAGAAAAUACCACAAAUAUGUAUAUGGAAAAGAUCAGCUUAAAUAUUAACACACAAAAGGCUGGAUUCCGAGAAGAAAAUUUAAAGUUAUUGAUUUUUGCAGUUGGUCUUGUCUAGUGUAACUCUUCUCCUGUUAAACCCUUUCAGAAUAGACACUGAUUUGUCGAGGUUUCAGACAAUGAUGGUCCUAGAGAGAUAUUUGCUGAAAUUUACUUCUGUUGAAACAUUUUCCAGAUAAAAACCAAUGUUAGGGGCAGAGGCACCUGACAAAUGUUGAACCUAGAGAACCCUGAUUAAUAACUCUUAAAGCUCUAACAAGGGACCUGCACUUUGUGUUCGUUUUUUGCGCCCAAUUUUGACAGCAGAUUUUGCCCUUUUCAACUUUUUUUUUCAUUCAUUUAUUUAUCUAAAACAAAACAAAAAAAUCUCACCCUGCUUAUCUUAACACACAAGUGUUUGAUUCUACAUAAGUCUUUGGCAUGGAAAAUAGAAAGAUGCUGUUUUGGCAGGGUGCUGCUAUCUGACACCUUGCCCACAGCAGUGAUUUACAAGACCCUCAGUUACCAUUUAAAAGUCUUAGUAAAACUUUAAAGUCUUCAUAAAAUUAUUUUCCCUCAAAAUUUCUUACUAAUAUAUACAUGUUCGUCAAAGACUUUUCUCAAACGUCAUAGCUGGUGAUUCACGGGCUCUUAUGUUGACGUGGUGUAACCAAGCUCAUGGCAGGUGUUUGGCACUUAAUCUGCCACUGAUGUGUUUCCAGGCUUUAUUAUAUUUCAGGCCCGUAGGUGUGUGUUUACGCUGCUGUGAGUGCAUGGAUUGUGUGAUUCAGGUCAAGACUGAAGGGGAGACAGAAAUGUCUAUGUAGUGAGAAAAGAUGACUGUUUGCUCUUGCACAGUGUACACACAUCUUGCCAUGUCUGGAUAUUUGCUGAUGUAUUGGCACUGGGGUGAUUUUAUCGAGGAGGCUGGUUAUGACAGACUUGAUAUGUGGAUGGUGUCUCUGGGGGCCUGCAGACGGCUCAAAUGUCAAAUAUAACACCCAUCACUUUCUCUCCACCAUUCAGUCAAUACCCUACACACAUCACAGGUUGAAGCUAUCAAUCUUGUAGUUAUCCAACUUAUUUCCCCACUCUCUAGAGAAUUACAGUCUUUUGGUAUCUGGACCUGAAACCCACCCCCGCCUCUUUAAUAUCUUUACUUUGGCUCACUUCAAUAGCCCCCUCCUAGAUCUUUCUUUCGUCUCACUGAGCCAUUCCUUAGAGGUGAGGGAUGUAAGAAGAGCUGGUCGACUUCAACCCCAUGUUGCUGUUAGAAGUAGGUCGACAUAAGCGACCUCACCCCACGGACGCAGGUGGAUAGUGUAGAGUCCCUGAGGUCGACUCAUGUAACCACAUUUAUAUGAACUCACUACAGUGAUACUGAUAGGUUUCAGCGUAGAUCUGCAGCUCUAUCUGCAUACAGCUCUGUGUUUGGUUUUAAAGACAUCUUGUCACGUUUUGUCAGUUUACAUUAUCAUCAGUGUAUGAAAGCUUGGCCUUAAAGGAUGUAAUUGAUUAGAGGCUUGAGGACUGCUGCUGGAUAAUUUAGAGUAACAUUAUUGAUGUAAUUAUUUUAAGUGGGUCCAAGCAGGAAUAUACAGCAAAACAUUUCUUAUUUAUUGCAUACUUUACUUCGAAUGAACUCCCCAAGUUCGCUGAUACAAAAGUUUGGUCUUGAUUUCCAUCCAGCUCUUUUUAUACUAUUCACUCAGCACACCUUCUUCUCGCACAAUACAUGUUUUACAUCAACAGAAGAUUGUGUAGAAAUAUCCACUUUAGGUGUUUUGAUGGUGACAUAAAAAAGGGAAGCUGAGUACACUGACAAAAUUACAUUUCGUUUAAUUUAAUGGAGAAAAUAGCACUUUUAUUCAGUGUAACUGCUUUACAGGGAUCCUUUAAGAAAAUUGUGCCUUACUUUUUUCUGUCAUUGCAUUUUAGUUAUAUAUAAGCCAGUUGCUGUUCUAUAUGAGCCAGUGGAUGUGCAGCUGUAUUUGGAUUUCUAGAGUGUUUUCUGCUUCUGUCACAGUAUGUUGGCUGCUCAUUGUCUAAUCUCAGACACUAUUUUCCCAUAAAGGUGAUUAUAUCCCUCUCUUUGUUUGUUUGUCUGUCUGUCUAACUGCAGGAGAGUUUGGAGUAUAUCUUCCUUAUCAUUUUCACGUUAGAGUGCUUUCUGAAGAUAGUGGCGUAUGGGCUCGUGUUCCAUGAAGGCGCCUAUUUACGGAACUGUUGGAACAUUUUGGACUUUGUCAUCGUCUUCAUGGGGUAAGAUGAGCUCUGAGCUGCAGGUUGGAUAUCUAAGAAACUGCAGUUCAUCCUGAAGUUAAAAACUGUUGAAAUUAUUCUAUCUUUAAAGCUCCUUUGAAGAUUUUCUGGUUCGUGUCAAUUUUGGCGCCCCAUGUGUCCCAAGCAGUCUUUGCUUAUCUUGUCCUUUACAUGAUUAAGAAGUUUAUCCUGACAAAAGUCUUAUCCUGCUGACUUUUGACAGUCAAAUGUACAAUUUAUUGUGAUUUUUUUUAUUUAUUAAUGUCAACUAUAAGGCUGUUUUUUGGCUGCUUGGCUGACACCUACCCCCUUACACCGAUUUGAGACAUUAUAAACUGGUUUAAAGAUUGUCAGUCUUGUUUGCUUUCGCUUUUGUCUGUCAUAAAAAAGCAUCAGUUUCAGUUUCAGCAUAUUUCAUAUACAUAAAAAACUCCUCACAGGAGCUUUAAGUAUCUAAAAAAAUGCACUAUUGUUCGAUCCAUUUUGCAACAGUCGUUGUAGAGCGUAUAGGAAUUAAUGGUUGUAAUUUUUUGUCCUUCAGUCUCUUCACUUUUGCUUUGGAUACCAUUAACAAGAUAGCGGGUGUACCGAUGGAAAAGGGUGGAGGGUUUGACAUGAAGGCCCUCAGAGCUUUCAGAGUCCUGCGGCCCUUACGCCUCGUCUCUGGAGUCCCAAGUAAGAGCUUCCUCUGUUACCACAGUAUACUGCAGAUGAGCUCCUCUGGUUAUGUGACACUGGCUGAUUCUUUUAAAGGUUACUCACACAUUACUGAAGUUUUUUAUGCUGCUGUAAUGUUUUGGUUUUACUGUUCACAAUCAGGCCUGCAGGUGGUGAUGAACUCCAUCCUGAAAGCCAUGCUCCCUCUACUGCACAUCGCCCUGCUGGUCUUUUUACUGGUCACCAUCUAUGCCAUCAUGGGACUGGAGCUCUUCAAGUGCAAAAUGCACAAAACCUGCUACUACACUGGAACAAGUAUGUAUAGAGGGCACAGACAGACACUGUGGUAUUUUAGCUUUGAUAUGAUGUUGUAUAUACUCUUUCCUAAGACUCAGGCAGCUUUAAAUCCCCUGAAAUGAAAUAGUAAAAUGGUGGUUAUUUUAUCUCUUUGGCCUACAGAUAUCUAUGCCACAGCAGAACUUGAGCUGCCUGCACCCUGCGCCCAGGCUGGAAAUGGACGCCGCUGCUUCAUCAAUGGCUCAGAGUGUAGGCCAGGAUGGGAAGGUCCCAACAACGGCAUCACUCACUUUGAUAACAUCGGCUUUGCUAUGCUCACUGUCUACCAGUGUAUCACCAUGGAGGGAUGGACCAAAGUGCUUUACUGGGUAUGUGACUGCUCAGAAAUCUGCUCAUUUGUGUUACUGCUUCAUUAAAAGAUGUCAUAUUCCUUUACCGCAAACCCCUGCUGUAUUUUUUUUAUGUUGUUAAGUUUACUGUUUACCUGACUGAAAACAGUGUUUGUGGCUGACCUGGAGUUCUCCUUCAGGUUAAUGAUGCCAUUGGAAACGAGUGGCCUUGGCUCUACUUCGUCCCCCUUAUUUUGGUGGGUUCCUUUUUUGUGCUCAAUCUGGUCCUGGGUGUGCUCAGUGGGUAAGGCAACCAUUAUCAUCUCUCCUUUUCAUGGUGUAAGUCUGGCCUCUUUAGAUGAACAGGAAAUGAUCACUGUUCAUUGUCUCUCUGCUCAGAGAGUUUACCAAAGAGCGAGAGAAAGCAAGAUCUCGUGGAGAGUACCAGAAGUUGCGAGAGCGUCAGCAGCUGGAUGAAGAUCUACAUGGAUACAUGGAGUGGAUCACCCACGCUGAGGUCUUGGAUGCAGACCGAGAGGGCAAAGGUUCAAACUCUAAAAAGAAAAAUGAGCACCCACACUUACUAAUGAAAAUGGUGUAAUAUCACUCCUGUUCUCCCAUUAGGACUCCUGCCUUUGACAAGUGGAGAUUCUGACGCUGACAGUCUGUAUGACAUGGAAGGAAAGAGUAAAAUCAUUUACUAUUAGUAAGUUUGCUCUUUUGUCAGUGCUCAGAUAUUCAUAUGUGAUAUUCAGGUCAAAUUAGCUUUGUAAACUAUGUCUUAUUGUGUGUGUGUGCAGCCGCCUGGCUCGUCGCUGGAACCGUUUCUUCAGGAUGAAGUGUUUGGUGUACGUGAAAACAAACGGCUUUUAUUGGUUGGUGAUGUUCCUGGUCUUACUCAACACCCUGACCAUAGCUACAGAGUUCCACCACCAGCCUGACUGGCUCACUACCCUCCAAGGUUGGCGAUCAACAUCCACAAUUUCUGAAUCAAGAGUAUAUUUCUGAAAUAAACCCUUUGUUUCUCUCUUCUAUUACCUCUCCAGAUGUGGCCAGCCGUGUUCUGCUGGUGCUGUUUGUGUUUGAGAUGUUCUUGAAAAUGUACGCUCUUGGGCCCCGAGCGUAUUUCAUGUCUCUGUUCAACCGUUUUGACUUCUUCGUGGUGCUCUGUGGUAUCCUGGAGAUGAUCAUGUUCUCUGCAGGAGCAGUCACUCCCCUGGGUUUCUCAGUGCUCAGGUGUAUCCGCUUGCUGAGGAUCCUUAAAGUCACAAAGUAAGAACAGGCUCUCCUCACAGGAUUAUAGUUUUAAAAACAUAAAUGGGUGAUUUCAUGUUAAAUGUUUCUGUCUUUCUUCUGUUCGCAGAUACUGGAAAUCCCUGAGUAAUCUUGUGGCCUCUCUCCUCAACUCUGUGCGCUCCAUCGCCUCCCUGCUUCUUCUUCUCUUCCUCUUCAUCGUCAUUUUCUCACUCCUGGGCAUGCAGGUGUUUGGGGGGAAAUUUAACUUUAUUGACAACAGACCCAGACGCAGCAACUUUGACAACUUCCCUCAGGCCCUCAUCAGUGUAUUUCAGGUAAGACAGGGCAGCAUUAUACGCCUGUAGCUCUUAACUGUCUUAACACUUUGGAUAUAUUUCCAAAGUUUUAUGAAAAUGAAAUGACGUCAACCAUUUUUAACCCUAAACCAUCUCUCAGGUCCUAACAGGAGAGGACUGGACCAGCAUCAUGUACAAUGGUAUCAUGGCCUAUGGUGGGCCGGUCUUCCCAGGCAUCUUGGUUGCCAUCUACUUCAUCAUCCUCUUUGUCUGUGGAAACUGUAUCCUUCACACUCACUCAUAAUGUCCCAGAGAAGAUGUGCUUGAUAGCCUGUGAAACUGAAAUUUGGCACAACUCUGCUGUCGGACAAAUAUUAAUUCAACUCUGCUCACAUAAAAGCCUGCAACAAAUUUUAUUGAAACAAUCAAUACAUUAUAGGAUAUUAUCAGUAAUGUAGGAGAACCUCACAGGGGCACAUGAGGAAAGAAAAGGGGGACAAAUUUAAAUUCAUCAUCCCCUGGGACUGUUUUUAUACAUCUACUUUCACCUGGAAUCAUUUAUAUGAAUAUAAUAUUUAUUUGUAUCACCUGCUGUAAGUGCUGAUGUAUCUCAAUCCAAGCCAAAAUGAUGAGCCAUCUGAUCAACUGACUAACAGACCGAUUGGCAUCUAUGUUUUGAUGUUGAUGAGCGUAGCUAAAAUUGUUAACAGUGAGCAAUAAUGCUUGUCAGAAAAAUCACUUUUUCUUUUCCUCAGCUCUGAUGCCAGAUAUCCUUCUAAAUGUCUUUUUGGCCAUUGCUGUUGACAACCUGGCAGAGGCUGAAAGUCUGACAUCAGCUCAGAAAGAAAAGGCAGAGGAGAAAAUGAGGCGAAAGCUACUCCGGUGAGUAAUUAACUCUAAGUGAAAUGAUCCCCUCUGUUCAGCAAAAGCUCAAGUGUGUUCUUUACAUUUAUACUCAAACAUUCAGGUCCAAAAUGCCGGAGAAGACUGAUGAGGAGCGAGAGAGGAUAGCUAAGAAACUGGCAGAGCAGAGAGCCAAGAUGGAGAAUAUGCCCACCACAGCCAAGGUCAGCCCUGUUUAGAGUCUUGUAUUACAUUUUUACUCUCGACUGUUACAAAUAAUUUAUGAGCAUCAUUUGUUUUAAUACACCUGUAUAUUUGUUUUUCAGCUCAAAGUAGAUGAGUUUGAGUCCAAUGUCAAUGAGGUGAAAGAUCCUUUCCCACCUGCUGACUUCCCAGGUAACCAACCUUAAAUGUUGACAUCUGAAAAUAAAACAAAUCUGCCUUUAAUUUUGAGGACACAUUUCUCUAAAAGAAGCAACAGAAUGUUACAUAUAGUAUUGUAUCAAUUUAAUCAGUUUUUAUCCUAGUUUGUCCAAUCUUGUCCCUGAAUACUCAACGAACCCCUUUACAGGAAAAGGUCACUGACUGUGAAAAUUCUAAUUCAUCACAGAGGUCCUCUGCUGUCCUGAUAAUGUUACAGUAUAAGUAUAGUAGCUCCUCAUUAUUAUUAGCCCAAGAGUUCGGCUGUUUUUACUCUACUCCAAUGACAACCAUAUAAAGUCUAUGACGUGUUUCUUCUUUCAAGAGAUACAUUUAUUUAAAUUCGCUGAGUCAUUUUUUACAAUCUGUAUUGUGAGUACUGUGCUUGAGGGUACUGGUCAGUAAUUGAGUUUAUUUUACUCCAAACUACAGGUGAUGAUGAGGAGGUUGAGCCUGAAAUCCCCAUCAGCCCUCGGCCCAGACCAAUGGCUGACCUUCAGCUAAAGGAAGAAGCUGUCCCGUUGCCUGAAGCCAGCUCCUUCUUCAUCUUUGGCCCUCAGAACAAGUAGGAACCAACCAUUACAACAUUUGAAGCUUAUCCCCCAGAAGAUUAAGAUUUCCUUGUUCUCACAUUGAACAUGUAUCAGACAAUGAAUUGAUUAAACAUGAUGUUGACUCUAUAUUUACACAUUUCCAGGUUCCGUAAACUAUGCUACAAGAUCAUCAACGCCACCUCCUUCACCAACUUAAUCCUGCUGUUCAUUCUGCUCUCCUCCAUCUCCCUGGCAGCUGAGGACCCUAUUGAUCCCAGGUCCUACAGAAACCAGGUGAUGGAUAGGUCUACAGUUCCUUAUUUGUUAUUGACUUUUUGAAAUGAGCAAAUAUUUGAAUCAAGGUCAGUUCAUUACCCAGUACAAGAAAUUUUUUCUAGAAAUCAAUCACAUGAAGCAGAAAAGAAUAAAAUUGCAAAGAGAAAUAUGAUUAAAAUAUGUGCCACAGGUGUAAUGAACGAACUGUACGGUGGUGCAGGAAUCUGCUCAAAGAUGAUGACAAAAUUUACAGCAUAAAGAAUCUAAAAAGAUAAAAUAAGUUACCUUACAGUCUGUUAAAAGUGAAUGUGUGCAGUGUCAGUAAACAAAACCAAAGUUCAGUCUGUUUUAAAAUAACACAGAUAUAUGUUUUGUUUUCUAAUAAAAGCCCUUUGUGUUUUUCCUCCAGAUUUUGGCCUAUGCUGACAUUGUCUUCACAACUGUGUUCACCAUUGAGAUCGUUCUGAAGGUAAUUUUUUUAGUAUUAUUCAUGUGCUGUCUUGUUAUGACUGAUUUCACUGAUGCGGUUUCUUCAAAGAAAUGUCCCAGACAUCAGAUAUUGCUGCCUUUGAUAUUUUAUAUGUUUGGCAUGUGAUGACUUCGUACCAAAAAUUACUUAAUCUACUCAUAUAACUAAAUCUUUCCUGCCCAGGACUCCAGGCUCUUACUGUAAUAGUAAUGACUGUUUAUUUAAAGGAAAAUAUAUUCAUAUUUAGUAUUCUAAAGACUAAAGAUUCUGCUGGUGGUUAUGUUCAAUGAUAUUUGUUAAACUUCUGUAGGAAUAUGAACAGAUAAUGUAAAUAAAAAAAGAUUGUCAGUGAUUUGAUUUAUUUGUUUAUUUUUAACUUUUCUUACUUAAAUGCAUCAUCCGGUAUAAUCACAUAAUGCAGCACAUGGGUUUGCAUGUCUAUUAAAGGCUAAAUUUAAAUGUAUUCAACCUCUGUCAAGACUUAAUGAUGUAUCUUAAUGAUGACUCUACUGUGACUGACAGAUGACCGUGUAUGGAGCGUUCAUGCAUGAGGGCUCCUUCUGCCGUAACUCCUUCAACAUCCUGGAUCUGAUUGUGGUCACAGUGUCCCUGCUUUCUAUGGGAAUGGAGUGAGUUAUAUUAUCUAAUAGCUGACCUAAAUAAAGAGAAUUUUAUUAAAUUUUUUCCUAAAUUACAAAUGUAAGUACUUCAAAACAAGUAUAAAAAGCCAUAUUUUUGCGUGUGUUGUUUGCAGGUCCAGUGCUAUCUCAGUGGUGAAGAUUCUCAGGGUGCUAAGGGUGCUCAGGCCUCUCAGAGCCAUCAACAGAGCCAAAGGGUUAAAGGUACAACACAUAUUAAAGCAUCUUAGGAUCCAGCUGUUUUUUUGGCAGGACAUUUCUUCAUUUCCUCUUUAUUUUUUUUUCCCAACUUCUUUUAACAAGAUAUUGUAAAUUGGUGAAACUAAAUAUGGCUGUUUUUGUAGGAAGCAAUGAAGUCUGGGAACCACUUGGAUUUCUCACACUAUUGUAUUUUGUUUGCUUAUCAAAAAAGUCUUAAAUCUUUGCAGUCAUUUUAACUGUCGGAUACAUGUAAUUCAGUAAAGAGUGCAAUAUUUCUUCUAAAUAUCAGUACAGCAGAAGUACUACAAGAAGUAACAGUACCUCUGGCUGACUAAAGACCUUUUUUACAUGAGUGUAUUAUUUACAUCAAGUUAUCAUUUUUCUUUUGUGACAGCAUGUGGUCCAGUGUGUGUUUGUGGCCAUCAAAACUAUCGGCAACAUCGUCUUGGUCACCAUGUUGCUGAAUUUCAUUUUUGCCUGUAUAGGCGUACAACUCUUCAAGGUAAGUCUGUAAAUGCAGGUAUUAUAGCCAUAUGUUAAAUGAGAUACUGUAGAAGUCAUAUUUUCAGAUGAACUGUCUGUUGUAUUAAAAGGUAUUUGCUGUGUAUGUUUUCAUCAUGUCACAAAACCUUUCCUUCUUAGGGUAAAUUCUACAGCUGCACAGACACGACCAAACUGAAUGCAGAGGACUGCCAGUAAGGCAAACAUCAGACGUUUUUGAAUCCAUCAAAUCAGUAGCACUACCUCAGAGUGAUUAUCCUCUGUGUCUUUUUUCAGGGGAAUGUUCUGGAAACACAUCGACAACUCCCUACAAGACACUGUGUUGGCUAAGAGAGAGUGGCUCAACAGUGACUUCAACUUUGACAACGUGCUGUAUGGCAUGUUGGCUCUUUUCACCGUUUCUACAUUUGAGGGCUGGCCAAAGUAAGCACAGCCCUGAGUUAAUGUCGAUUAUUUUAACUGGUUGGCUGGGUAGAGGACAGACUGUGUCAUUGUGUGUUAUUGAGUUGAAAGUAAUGCCAUGAGACAUGUAAUUCAGUGAAAGCAGUAUAUCCUUAGUUUAAAUUGAUGGAUGGAUGGAUGGAUGGAUGGAUGGAUGGAUGGAUGGAUGGAUAGAUGGAUGGAUGGAUAGAUAGAUAGAUAGAUAGAUAGAUAGAUAGAUAGAUAGAUAGAUAGAUAGAUAGAUAGAUAGAUAGAUAGAUAGAUAGAUAGACUUAAUUAAUACCCCAAGGGAAAUUAAAUUGUUAUAGCAGUCCGGCAAAAUACAAUAAAAUAAAUGAAAUACUGAAAAGACAAGAGAAUGAAAAAGCAGAUAUAAAAAAUAUAUAUACACAUGCCUUAAAUUCAAUACCUAUAUAUAAUGAAUCUUAAAUAGAAUACUUGAGUACACCUCAUCCGUACUAAUGAGCCUUUUUGUGCUUUUGAACUUUGAAUCCUCCUUCUGUCUCAUCAUCCCUUUGUUUUUCUCAGAAUGUUAUACAGAGCAAUUGAUUCAGACGAAGAGGACCUGGGUCCUGUCUUUAACAACCGUGUCGAAGUGUCCAUCUUCUUCAUCAUUUACAUCAUCCUCAUCGCCUUCUUCAUGAUGAACAUCUUUGUGGGCUUUGUUAUCGUCACUUUCCAGGAGCAGGGCGAGCAGGAGUAUAAGGACUGUGAGCUGGACAAGAACCAGGUAUGCCCAGACAGUCAGGGUUGAAGUUUUAGACAGUAUGAGAACCGUAACGCUCAAAGUGAAUCCUGAAAGUUUUUUCUUUUUCUCAAGAUCAGAAGGAUUCAGUGUUUUGUUUUCAACCCACAUUCUGUCUCCUUCCUCAGCGUCAGUGUGUGCAGUACGCUUUGAAAGCUCGACCUCUGAGGUGCUACAUCCCCAAAAACCCUUACCAGUACAGAGUGUGGUACAUAGUCACCUCCUGCUACUUUGAGUACCUCAUGUUCUUCCUGAUUAUGCUUAACACUCUGUGUCUGGGGAUGCAGGUAUGUAAAUUAAAGUCACUCCCCCAUCUAAAAACAACGAGACUGUAUCAGGGCUUCUGACAGACAAUGUUCAUUAUCUAUGGAGAGAAAGCUGCAGUGAUGGUUACAGCUUUAAGUUAAUGAGAAAGUGGGAACUUUGAAACUGUCUUUAGGAUAUGAGACAUGAUGACUUUCCAGUAGAAUCCCAGACUAAUUAAUUUUUCAAGGGGAUUAGGAGCUCAGUAAUGCAGACUGCCCUACAUAAGACUUUGUGCAUUCAUUUACUCAAUCUUAUUUGCAUGGAAUUGUGGUUAUAUAACUAUUAUAUGAGAAGACCAGACAUGGACUAGAUCAAUACGGACCAGAUGAAUUUAUUGCUUAGAGCUGAAACCAAUUUGUUUCACUCAAGUCUUGUUCCUGUAGGGUUUGACUCAAUUUCUAUUGUUCAUGGUAAUAUGACACUCACUGGGGGUUCACCACUGGAAACCCAAACUGUUUAUUCACACAGACAAAAGCAAGACACUCAGCCAGACACAAAGUCUGAAGACAGUCAAAGCUACAAUCCAAAUAGGACUGUAAUCUGUUAAUUAUCUUCUCACAAUAAAAGAUGGGAACUGCAGGAGCAGAAAUUGCAUGACAAAUCAAUCAAUGAUCUGAUUUUUAUUCAUGUUAUGCAGUUUUUGUGAGAUGUCACUUACAGAGCAAGUCUCAAAUCUACUUUUUAAAAUGAAGAUAUUCUCUGUUUUCGAGCACCAAUCAGGAUUUAGCAAACAGGUUACCUUUAAAUCAGAUUCUGAUCGAAUGUUAAGAGUUAUGUGGUCACUGUUAAUCAAAUCUAAUCAGUUCUUGUAACUCAUCUUUUACAGGUUAAUGUUACAUCUCGUUAAAUAAGACCUAAGAUUUAUAUUUGUUUUCCACCUCCAACAGCAUUGCAAUCAGUCGGAUCAUGUGACCAAGCUGUCAGACAUGCUGAACUUGAUCUUCACCAUCCUCUUCACUGUGGAGAUGAUUCUCAAGCUCAUGGCCUUUAAAGCGAGAGUAAAGAGAGAGAGACUCAUUCAAAUGUUUUCACACAUUCUUGAGUGCUGCCAUGUCUGAAGUCUGUGACCUCUCUGUGCAGGGCUACUUUGGAGACCCCUGGAACGUCUUUGACUUUAUUAUCGUGGUCGGCAGCGUUGUUGAUGUCAUCCUGAGUGAAGUCGAUGUGAGUACAUAUGAUUAAAUAUUGAUCUUUUUAAAAAUCCUUUCAUUUGAAUAUAUCAGAUGAUCAUUGUAGGCGCUAAUUAUGAAAGAUUCUGGUCAGUCAGUACUGACUCUUUAUUUGAAUGACUGUUUUAAAUUAAUAUUCUGAUCCAGAAGCCCAUUAAUGCAGCUGAUUGGUGCCAGCAGAACUAGCCUACAGAGGACAGUCUGUACUGUUGCUUGCUAAUCACAUUUCCAUUGUUCCUGUUUCAGUCAUAUUUGUUUUUUUUCUGUGUUUGUUUUAAGAGCACUUUUUUGAAGAACACAGUUAUCAUGAAGGAUUUUAAGUUUAUUGGAUUAUACCACACAAACACUUUCCUCUUGCCUGUCAUGUAUCUUUUCUUGUUGUUAUUGCACUGAGUUGUCCUCGUCUCUUUCACCCACAAAUACAAGCUUGAAGCAAAUUCACUUCACUCCAUCUCACUACCUCAAAUUCUUCCCUCUUCCUCUUUCUCUGAUUUCCUCUUUCACUUAAUCCAUCCUCCACGCACCUCACUGCUCAUGUCUAUCCUCCACAGACCGCCCUGGCCGCCAGUGGAGGACUGUACUGUCUCCAUGGCUGUGCUGUAAAUAUCUGAUCCACACUGCACUGCACUGCUGCAUGAGCCUUGUUGUGUGAGCACUUCACUAUCUUCUCUACUAAACUGUUUUGUAUCGAGCAGUGUGUGACUCCAGCAGCUGGUGAUCUAUCUUUUUUAUUGCUAACCUUACAGAGCAAGUGUAAGACCUCCUAGUGUUUGCUAUAUUGUGUUCCAGUAGGCUUGAAUAGUUUAAAAACAUAGAUAGGAAUAUUCGCUGGAUUGGCAAAAUUACUUAAAAAAAAUAAAGUGUGUUUAUUUCCUUUAUUUUGCAUGAGUUAUAAGUUGCAGCUGCUCAUGAUUUCAGUGACAUAGGAGGUAGGGCUGGGCGAUAUGGCCUCAAAUCAAUAUCACCAUAUAUCGAGCAAAUCACCUCUAUAAUGAUAAAUGGACGAUAAAAACUCCACAAGCUGCUUACCCCCUCCCACAUUAACUUUGUUUACUCCAGUCGCUACAACUUUUGAACUGUCCUCCAUCUCCUCACUUGUCUUUCCCUCUUUGUUCGGACUGGAUGGGGUAGAGUCACGUCUCUGAUGUAAGACAGUGUCUUAACCGAUUAAGACCUGAACCCUGUCUGAGCCACGCCUCUGAAAUCCUGAAGGCAAUUUUAAGAAGGGCCCCCAGAUCCUGAGGUUUUCUGAAGUGUUGAGGUUUAUAAAAAAGUGGAUAUCUUGGCUUCUGUAGCAGAUAGAAACAAAUUUCAAAAAGUAUUUAAGAGCUUACACAUGUGGCUUUCAAGAUGACUAUCUUUCAUUUUUCCGAACCGUCAUCAUGUUAUUGAAAACCUUGAACAAACAAGCUCAAAUGAAACAAAGCAGCUUUAUAAAUAAAAGUAAAGGCUCUGCAGUGGAGAACAACAAACUAUUUGCUUUCUGUAAAACAAGUGGCAGUCAUGAUAAAGUGUCCAUUCGAUACAAAUGUAAAUAUAAAAAAUAAAGUGUUAAAAGGGUAUGCAGCUGCUCUAGUUUAGUGCCAGUACAAAGCCAAAGUGUGAGCCAAAGCACUCAAUAUGAAGAGGUUGUUCACACUGCUGGAUGCUUCUUCUCGAAAGCUGCUCUCUGCCUCCGUCAUUGUUUACUUUCCUCACGAAGCCCAUAGCAAAAUCCGAGCAUGAAUCUGAUCGCUUUAUUGAGCUUUAUUAGCCUAUCAGAGGCAGUAUGAUGGCGGUAUGAGGAUUUGAUUCACCACGACUCCAGAAAUGAUUGAAAAACUACAGAACUUUACGAAAUGACGUACACACUUCUCCGGGCUUGAAGGGUAGAAAUGCGUACAUGCACCCGGCUUUCUGAGUAGAAAUACCCAGCCGCGCUCCCGGCUUGGUUCCAGUUUAAAUGGGUUAAAGGGACAUGAGACCAUAGCCUACCUACACACAUCCAAAACCAACUUUAUUUAUUUAUUUUUUGACCCCGAAUAUAUUGACAUGGGCAAAAUAACAUCAGUUAUUGACGUAAAUUUUGGUAUCGGUAAAUUUUUGGUUCAUCGCCCAGCCCUAAUAGGAAGCUUUGUAACUCAUCUAAGGUGGUAACAUCUGUAAUGUUAACCCUUUUUGUGGAUGUAAGUCAUACCUUGAUAAUAUUUAACAGCUGAUCAAUGCUAUAACUGCAACAUGCCUCAUUAAAAGUACACAAAGGUCUGAGAAAGAUAUCUUACGUAACAGUUCUUUUAUCUGCUUUGUUCAGGAGACAAAUCCCAUGCAAGCAAUUGCAGUAAGUCUAAACUUCAGUUUUCAAGCAUCAGUUACAGAAAUGUCUUUCAGUUCUCUUGAUUUUUUUUCUGUUCUCAAAUCCUCUGGUUGUUUUUCUCUGCAGGCUUCUGAAAACGCCUCAGUUUCCAUCACCUUCUUCCGACUCUUUCGUGUCAUGCGUCUGGUCAAGCUGCUAAACCGUUCAGAAGGCAUCCGGAACCUUCUGUGGACCUUCAUUAAGUCCUUCCAGGUCUGUCCCCCUGCCAUCAUAAACAUCCCUUUCAAUUCUGUUUCUUUACACUUUGAAUAAAAUAAAGGACUGUUCUGUUCCUGCAGGCUCUUCCUCAUGUGGCCCUGCUCAUCGUGAUGCUCUUUUUUAUAUAUGCCGUCAUUGGGAUGCAGGUACAAACAGCAUAAUGGACCUUUGUAGAUUCUUGAAAGAUUGAUUAUUUGAUGUCAUGGACAGAAGUUCCCCUCCAUUGUUGUUAUGUAACUUAAUAUCCACCGGGACUGUAACCAAUCUGCAGAUCUUUGGAAAGAUAGCCUUAGUGGACGGCACUCAAAUCAACCGCAACAACAACUUCCAGACAUUCCCUCAGGCUGUGCUGAUGUUAUUCCGGUGAGUCUCUAAGCUGGGAUCACUGUUAAAUAGGUCCUAUGUUUGAAAAGAUAAACAGAUCCAGCAUCCUUUAUGGUUUAUGUCUGUAGAUGUGCAACUGGAGAGGCCUGGCAAGAAGUCAUGAUGGCUUCAAUGUACGGGAAGAAGUGUGACCCGAAGUCAGACUUCUUACCAGGAGAGGAGUACACCUGCGGGUCCAACUUUGCUGUCUUCUACUUCCUCAGCUUCUACUGUCUCUGUGCCUUCCUGGUGAGAAGCAGCACAGAAUCAAUAUUGAACUUCUACCUGCAUCUAUUGCUACCCUUGCAAACUAUAUACAAACACAGAGUUUAACUCCUUCCCACUUCAGAUCCUGAACCUGUUUGUAGCCGUUAUAAUGGACAACUUUGACUACCUAACUCGUGACUGGUCACUUCUUGGCCCGCAUCAUCUGGAUGAGUUCAAGAAGAUCUGGGCUGAAUAUGACCCCGAAGCCACGUAAGAUAAACACCUCCUUAUAAAACUUCACCUAGUCUCUUCUCACUGCACAGGACCCAAGUCAGUGUUUGGGUCAAUGUUUUUGUGAUCCAACAGGGGGAGAAUCAAACAUCUGGAUGUGGUGACAUUGCUGCGUCGCAUCCAGCCUCCACUGGGCUUUGGCAAGUUCUGUCCUCAUCGAGCUGCAUGCAAGGUACAAACAUGCAUGCAAACAUAAACAAGCUAAAAGACAUAUGCUGCAAAUACAGGGUCAGCGUCAGGCUAACAGCUAGCUUACAAUGUAAGUUUUUAUUCAAGUAGACAAAUACAGGAUAAAACUGCAAAACAUGGUUUUAUAUAGAACUUUUCUAUAGUGAAUUUGUCAGCAAAAAAAAUUUAGGUUACUGCCAAGAAAGUAAUGUUUCUCUGUAGUUUAAUUAUAAAUAUACAUUAACAGGAGUUUGACGUGUCUAUUUCUCUCCCCUCUAUUUGAGAUGAUAUCAAUAAAACAUAUACUGACUGAGAUGAUACUAAAAUGAGAUGUGAUAAAGUUGUAAAAAGACUGUUUUUUGAUUGUUUUAUUCCUCUUGGGCACUCUAAAUCUUAAUCUUGUCUGCAGCGCUUGGUCGGCAUGAACAUGCCUCUGAACAGUGAUGGUACCGUCACCUUUAACGCCACCCUGUUUGCUCUGGUCAGAACUGCUCUCAAGAUCAAAACAGAAGGUACAUCUACACCGGUCCAGCAUUGUCAAGGCUUUAAUGUUGUUUAGAGUAUAUGUGUUUACUUUGAUAGUAUUGGAUGUAAAUCUGUCUAAUUGUUUGGCACAGGUAACUUUGAACAGGCUAACGAGGAGCUGAGGGCAAUAAUAAAACAAAUAUGGAAACGCACAAGUAUGAAACUGUUGGACCAGGUCAUCCCACCAAUAGGAGGUGAGUCUAUCAGAAAGAGUUCAAUUCCGUCUUAGAUAAUCAAGUAUGUUUAAUGCUGACUGAUGUUCACAGAUGAUGAGGUGACCGUGGGGAAGUUUUACUCCACCUUCCUGCUCCAGGAUCAUUUCCGUAAGUUCUUGAAGCGGCAGGAAGAGUACUACGGCUACAGACCCAAGAAGAGCGCCUCAGGUCCUGAGAUCCAGGUGAGCAGCCGAUACGUGGUCUGAAUCACACCAAUAAAAAAUAUAAAUUAAAAAAAGGUUAAUUAAUGCGCAGUUCCUAAAAGGUUAUGCAGUGUAAAAUCAUACAUAUAUAUAUUGUCCUCUGUGGUUCUUAUGCAACUUCACUUUUUUUUUUUUUUUUUUUUUUGCUUUCCUUGCAAACCUGUUAUUACCUGUUAUAACUUUCAUGUUUCCAGGCUGGCCUGAGAAGCAUAGAUGAGGAACCAGCCCCUGAAAUGCACAGGGCCAUUUCAGGAGACCUGCAGAAUGAAGAGGAGAUGGAAAGAGCGAUGGAGGAAUCUGGAGAGGAAACUAUUUUUCAAGUGGGAAACAGCAUUGGAAGCUUGUCUGACCACAUAUAAAUACAAACUUUGAGAUAUAUUUAGAUCUAUACAGCCCUAGUUUUGGUGACUGUGACUUGUUUGUAUUCAAGGGUUCAAAUCUAGAUUAUAUCAAAUAAACUUUAUUGAACACUUUGGAAAGUUUCCUUCAAGGAAAGUGUUCACUAAUACUAAACUCUGCCUGCCUGUGUCUUAUUCUGUGUAUUUCCAGCGCUCACACGGCCUGUUUGGAAACCGAGGGGACUCAUUCUCAGACGACACGGCCAACGCUCAGUCUCAACAGAUGACCAGCCAGCGGCCCCUCAUGUUCUCUGAGAGCCAGCCUGACUCUCCACCCAACUCUUCCAACAUGUCGCCUACCACUGAAUUUUUCCCCUCAACUGCACCGAAAAACAACACCAACAAUAACGCCUUUGCAGAGUGAGCAUCAAAGUUUCGCUUUUCUAUGGGUUUAUCAGGGAGACUAGGGUUAAUGGUUUUUCUUCUUUCAGGUUUUCAUUUGACAGAGAGGGGACUCCUGCAGAGUUUUACAACCCAAGUGAGGAUGAAGAUCCAGGUAAGAUAUUAUAAAUGGACAAUGAGCUGAUGGUGAGACAGCAAAAAAUCCGAACAGAUGGAUAAUAAGCAGACCUAGAAGCUGUGGAUAUCUCUGUACUCCCAACUGUUUUUACAUCGUCAUUGUUUUACCUUUUUAGACAACCUGCGCUCAUGGAACUUUACAGUAAGAACAGACAAAACACAGGUAAGGUCUUUUUAAUGCUUACUCAUCCUGAGUAAAUGCAGGUUAACAGCUUUUUAAAAUAGGUUUGUGUGGAUGUGUUUCAUUAACAGUUCCCGUAUGAUCCAAACUAUGGGGACAGUCAGAGUCGAAGCUCCUGUGCAGCUGAUCAUCUGGUCCAUGAGGUAAAUGAGAAAUCUGUGACUCACAACAAGCUAAUUAAUUACUUCAUGAGAAAACAAUAUAAAGCCAGAUCAGUCAAAGAUAGAUAAUGAACCUGAUUCCCUUCUUAAUUUCCUGUAAGCAAAAUAAAGAAGCAGAUAAAGUUUAGCUCAAAGAUGAGUCAGUACUUUGAUUUUGAGUCCCACAUGACUGUCAUGACCUGUGUAGCCAGUUCUGGUAAAGCCAAAAUAUUAACUUAAUAAAUUUUUGUCUUUUUAGUGCAGAGAGGUUUCACAGAAAUACUGUUUCUUUCUCAUGUUCAGUGGAAGAAAAAACUUCAAAUUUUUAGUUAAGACAGUUUUAAAAUGUGAAAAUACUACAGUUGUAUUUUUUAAUUUUGGGUUUGAGAAAGACACCCAUCCUGAAUUGUAAAUGUUAUGAAUUUAGGCCUGGGUGCCUUCAUCUGUGGGGUUGAGUAAAAUACCACAUUAUUAUUUACAUUCGUCCAAAUAUUAGACAUAAAAUUACAUUAUUAUUGAAUUUCCCUUCAGGGAUCAAUAAAGUCUUUAUUAUCUUAUAUUAAAAUUGCCUAACAGUUACAGUAAAUGCAACUGAAUUAGAGUUAAAACACGGCUAAAUCUCUCAUGAGAAUAUGUUUCUGUAAGUUAGCAAGGCUUCUGUUUGUUGUCUACUUUCCCAGGCUCUAGUGGAAGGCGGUCUGGCCUCCCUAGCAGAGGACCCUAGUUUUGCCAAUGUGGCCAAGCAGGUGAUGGCCGUGGCCAUGCGCACGCAUGCGGACAACGUAGAGAGUGUGGCCCAAGAUAUCCUCAGUGAACGUUCAGGCAGCGCUGCUUCUGUCAAGAAGAAGAGACGUCCCAUCCCCGUCCCUCCCUCCGCUCCCGUUGUGACCGUGAAGGCGACAGUCGAACCUGAUCCGGCUGUGAGGAGGAAGAGACGUCCCAUUCCCAGAGUCCCCGCCACUCAGGAGGACGACUCCAGGGUUUAGAAGCCGUCACUUGAGUUGGUGUGGUAAUUUUGAGAUUUCUACACUUGCAGGUGGCUCCACCUCAAUUUGGGACACUCUUUGUUUGCUGGCCUGGCACCUUAACGCAGGUUGACUAAGUUCAGGUUUUCAAGUGUGGUUGAAAAGAG